AUGUCUACUCAAAAGACCGAAUACAACUUCACAGGCGAGAAGACAGAACUCGACCAGGAGGACCAGGAGAGGACGUACCACCGAGAGAACACCGACCUGUCCUCAUCUUCUCCUGCUGCUGCUGUUGCUGCUACUACUGCUAAUGCAACAGCACCAGCAGAGCCAGCAGCCUGGAGAAAGAGUUUCUCGAACCUGUUCUCGCGAAAGUUCUUGGUGAUCUUGCUCCUGGGACAGUUCCUGUCGCUGUGCAUCACCGCGACGACGAUUCUUACCACAGAACUGGCUCAGGGAGAUAACCCGGUCUCGAUUCCGACGACACAGUCGUUCCUGAACUACCUGGUUCUGGGCGUGGUCUACACCAGUAUCACGAUCUACAAGGAGGGCUUCCGAGGAUGGCUCGAGAUCAUCAGGCGCAGAUCCCACUACUAUAUCCUAUUCGCACUGAUUGAUGUGGAGGGUAAUUACUUUGUGGUGAAGGCCUAUAACUACACCUCCCUGCUCUCCGCCAUGCUCCUCGACGCCUGGACCAUCCCCUGUGUCGUCCUCCUCUCGGUCUUCUUCCUCAAGAUGCGCUUCGUCCGCUGGCACUACCUCGGCGUCUUCAUCGCCAUGGUCGGCAUGGGCUUCCUCAUCUGGUCCGACAUGGAGGCCGGCAAGAACUUCCCUGGUUCGGAUUACAUCAAGGGCGACAUCUUCUGUAUCAUCGGCGCGAGUCUCUACGCCUUCUCCAACGUCGGCCAGGAAUACCUCGUCCGCCAAAAGCCCAUGUACGAAGUCGUCGGUCAACUCGGUUUCUGGGGCACGAUCAUUAACGGGAUCCAGCUCGCGAUUCUGGAGAGACACGAGUUGCAGACCGUGAAUUGGACACCUUCGGUGGUUGGGUACAUUAUUGGGUUCGACAUUGCGAUGUUCAUGAUGUACUCGGUCUCGCCGCUCCUCUUUAGGUUGAGCUCGGCCACGUUCUUUAACCUGAGUCUGUUGACGAGCGAUUUCUAUGGGCUACUGUUUGGAUUGUUUCUGUUCAAUGCGACGAUCAACAAACUGUACCCGAUCGCGUAUGUGUUGAUCAUUCUCGGAAUCAUCAUCUAUAAUAUCUAUCCCGCUCCUGAGCCAAAGUUCAGGAAGAGACUCGCGGACGACAUCGAUACGGAUGCUAAGGUGCAGCCUGAUGGCAAGGACGAGUCUACCAUGGUUUAA